CGGGCGUCUCCGCCAUUUUGUGAGUCUAUAACUCGGAGCCGUUGGGUCGGUUCCUGCUAUUCCGGCGCCUCCACUCCGUCCCCUGCGGGUCUCCUCUGUGUGCAAUGGACGGCAUUGUCCCAGAUAUAGCAGUUGGUACAAAGCGGGGAUCCGACGAGCUUUUCUCUGCCUGCGUCACUAACGGACCCUUUAUCAUGAGCGGCAGCUCGGCCUCUGCAGCAAAUGGGAACGACAGCAAAAAGUUUAAGGGUGACAACAGAAGUGCAGGCGUGCCCUCCAGAGUGAUCCACAUCCGGAAGCUCCCCGGUGACGUCACCGAGGGCGAGGUCAUUUCCCUGGGGCUGCCCUUUGGGAAGGUCACCAAUCUCCUGAUGCUGAAAGGGAAAAAUCAGGCCUUCAUCGAGAUGAACACAGAGGAGGCCGCCAACACCAUGGUGAACUAUUACACUUCCGUCACGCCCGUGCUGCGAGGACAGCCCAUCUACAUCCAGUUUUCCAACCACAAGGAGCUCAAGACAGACAGCUCGCCCAACCAGGCACGGGCCCAGGCAGCGCUGCAGGCAGUGAACUCUGUGCAGUCAGGAAACCUGGCCCUGGCCGCCUCGGCUGCCGCGGUGGACGCUGGAAUGGCCAUGGCCGGCCAGAGCCCAGUGCUGCGGAUCAUCGUGGAGAACCUUUUCUACCCAGUGACUUUGGACGUGCUCCACCAGAUCUUCUCCAAGUUUGGCACAGUUCUGAAAAUCAUCACUUUCACCAAGAAUAACCAGUUCCAGGCACUGCUGCAGUAUGCUGACCCCGUGAGCGCCCAGCACGCCAAGCUGUCGCUGGACGGGCAGAACAUCUACAACGCCUGUUGCACGCUCCGUAUCGACUUCUCCAAGCUUACCAGCCUCAACGUCAAGUACAACAACGACAAGAGUCGGGACUACACGCGCCCUGAUCUGCCCUCCGGCGACAGCCAGCCCUCGCUGGACCAGACCAUGGCUGCCGCCUUCGGUGCACCUGGUAUAAUGUCAGCCUCUCCGUAUGCAGGAGCUGGUUUCCCUCCCACCUUUGCAAUUCCUCAAGCUGCAGGCCUCUCGGUUCCUAAUGUGCACGGGGCCCUGGCGCCUCUGGCCAUUCCGUCAGCGGCAGCGGCGGCGGCGGCAGCAGGCCGAAUCGCCAUCCCAGGCCUGGCAGGGGCAGGAAAUUCUGUCCUGUUGGUCAGCAACCUCAACCCCGAGAGAGUCACACCCCAAAGCCUCUUUAUUCUUUUCGGCGUGUACGGCGAUGUGCAGCGGGUGAAGAUCUUGUUCAAUAAGAAGGAGAACGCCCUGGUGCAGAUGGCAGACGGGAGCCAGGCGCAGCUGGCCAUGAGCCACCUCAACGGGCACAAGCUGCACGGGAAGCCGGUGCGCAUCACGCUGUCUAAGCACCAGAACGUGCAGCUGCCCCGCGAGGGCCAGGAGGACCAGGGUCUCACCAAGGACUAUGGCAACUCCCCCCUGCACCGCUUCAAGAAACCCGGCUCCAAGAACUUUCAGAACAUCUUCCCGCCCUCGGCCACUCUGCACCUCUCCAACAUCCCGCCCUCCGUGUCCGAGGACGACCUGAAGAUCCUCUUCUCCAGUAACGGCGGGAUCGUCAAGGGGUUCAAGUUCUUCCAGAAGGACCGCAAGAUGGCGCUGAUCCAGAUGGGUUCGGUGGAGGAGGCCAUCCAGGCGCUCAUCGACCUGCACAACCACGACCUGGGCGAGAACCACCACCUGCGGGUCUCCUUCUCCAAGUCCACCAUCUAGGGCCACCGUGGACCAGCCUGCCGGCGCCCGGCCACAACUUCCAUCAUUCCAGAGAAAAGCCACUUUAAAAAGCAGCUGAAGUGACCUUAAAAGACCAGAGAUUUUAUUUUUUUAAAAGAGAAAUCAGUUUACCUGUUUUUAAAAAAAUUAAAUCCAAUUCACCUUGCUCACCCUGGGGAGAUGGGGUGCCGGCCUCAGGCUCUUGGUGACGAGUGGACAGUGUGCCCCACUCCCUCCCCAGCCCCCCAAGCCCGUGCCUUCUGCAGCCUCUGUGGGGUGGGCGCUUCCAAACCUCGACUCGGCUUUCUUGUGCCUUAACACCCACUGCUCUGGCAGGGCCCCCUCGCGGUAGCAGACGCAUGGGUGGGGGGCCGGGGGGCUGGUGGGGGGCCUCCUGCAUGGGAUCAUGUGCCUGGUGCAGCGGGAGGCUGUGAGCUGCAGGGUCCAGCUGGCACCCCCAAUCCGUUUAAUCAAGUGUGUGAUUCGCCCCAGCCCCAGGGACCCCCGACCCGGGGCAAGACCCCAAGGGCACCAUCCCUGUCCUUCAGCUCCGAGCUCUGUGUCCACCGUAACCUCUGUAUUACGCUUUGAUGCAGUUGCAGACACCUGUGCCUAGCAAUAUUUCCAGUUGACCAAAUAUUCUAAUCUUUUUUCAUUUAUAUGCAAAAGACAUAGUUUUAAGUAACUUUUUAUAUAGCGAGAUAAAAAUGGUAUGAGUGUAAUCUCCAUUUCCUCCCUGUGGUAUGACCUCGCAUACUGUACUUUUCUAUUUUAUUCCUUGUAAUGAAGUCGCAGGGCAGGAUCUAGUUUCCAGGGCGGGCCGGCUGGGGGCCGGCAGGGGAGCCUGGUCCUUCCCGAGGACGCCUCCAGAUGCCUUACUCACACCUAACCUGUCCUCCCUCUGGGGGGACGACCGCUCUUAAAACUUUCAGGGUUUCCGCUCUCCUGCAGAUUUUGGACCAAAGUUUUGUUUU